GCUUUGACAGGGGUUACGCAUUCCCUUGACCCGGGCACUGCGCGUCUCUCGUCCACCUCUCUGCGCCCGUCCCUCCCUCUUUCACUCUCCUCCUCCUCAUCCUCCUCCUCCUCGUCCUCCUCCUCCACCUCUUCCCUCUCACAAUCAGCUUCGGCUUGCCCCGGUACACCGACACACACUCCCUUUCUCCGCUCGAAUAUCCACAAAGCAGGGAAUAAGGAAGGAUCGUCGAAUUCCCUCUCUAUAGCCGGCGCGACACCAACUACCUGGAUGAUUGUUUGAUGUGAGGGGUUGCAGUGUGGCUCGUGAGGAAUCUUUGAACCAUGACUACUUGUGAGACGCUCAGACGACACCUCUGAAUGCGUCACCUGGUAGCAGUCCAUUGUUGUUGUGUUGGUGGUACUUUGCUACGGCAACAGCACCAGGCCCUGGAUUGGAUUGCGGGCGGGGAGUGUGACCAAUAGGAACAGUGGAGAACAUGCAGGACUCUGCCUCCAACAGCAAGAUGGCCAAUCAGGACCAGAACUCCAAGCAUGUGGACAACCACAGAGAAACAGACGACAUGUCGGACCUCACCUCGCCAAGCCGGAACCCCAAAUCUCCAACAAAGGGCUCCAAGCGCCACAAGAUGUCUCCUUUCAAAGUGACCCUGCUGGACUCCUCGGUGUACGAAGGGGAGAUCGAGAAACACUCCAGAGCACAGGGCCUGAUGGACAUGGUGUGUGAACACCUUAACCUGCUGGAGAAGGAUUACUUUGGCCUCAGCUAUUUAGACGCGGACACACAGAAGAACUGGCUGGACCCCUCCAAAGAGAUCAAGAAGCAGAUGCGUAACACCCUGUGGCACUUCGCCUUUUCAGUCAAAUUCUACCCCCCAGAUCCCUCCCAGCUGACCGAGGACAUAACCAGGUACUACCUGUGUCUGCAGCUGAGGGACGACAUGCUGUCGGGCAGGCUGCCCUGCUCCUUCGUCACCCACGCCCUGCUGGGCUCGUACGCCGUGCAGGCCGAGCUGGGCGACUACGACCUCGACGAGCACGGCUCCGACUACGUCAGCGACUUCCACUUCGCGCCCAACCAAACCCGCGAGCUGGAGGAGCGGGUGAUGGAGCUCCACCGCAACUACAAGGGCAUGACUCCAGCGGAGGCUGAAAUAAACUUCCUGGAGAACGCUAAGAAGCUGUCCAUGUACGGGGUGGAUCUCCACCACGCCAAGGAUUCAGAAGGGAUUGACAUCAUGCUUGGUGUCUGUGCAAACGGGCUGCUGAUCUACCGAGAUAGGCUGAGGAUCAACCGCUUCGCCUGGCCCAAGAUCCUUAAAAUCUCCUAUAAAAGGAGCAACUUCUACAUCAAGAUCAGGCCGGGAGAGUAUGAACAGUUUGAAAGCACCAUUGGUUUUAAGCUCCCAAACCACAGAGCUGCUAAGAAGCUGUGGAAGGUCUGCAUUGAGCACCACACCUUCUUCAGGCUGGUGUCUCCAGAGCCCCCUCCCAAGGGCUUCCUGGUGAUGGGCUCCAAGUUCCGCUACAGUGGUCGAACCCAGGCACAGACCCGGCAGGCCAGUGCCCUCAUAGAUCGCCCCGCCCCUCACUUCGAUCGCUCCACCAGCAAGCGGUACCUGCUGUCACGGAGCCUGGACGGAGAGUUCUCCCGGCCGGUGUCGUCCAUGUGUGAGAACCACGAGGGCCUGUCCCACCGCAGCGUCAGCGAGCACCGGCGCCUCCACAGCCCCUCGGUGGAGGAGCAGGAGACGGAGAUGGAGCCCAGUCUGGACCAGGACCAGGACGAGGAGGAGCAGGAGCCCGCCUCCCUGGAGCACGACCACGACACGGGCGGCGAGCACACGCCCAGCAGGAAGAGGGAGAUCAAGGAUGAGGCUGACUCACCAGUUGACAAUAAACAGGAGCUGUCUCAGUUGGACCAGGAGGUCACCCCAAGACACAAACAGGAGUUCCUGGACAAGUCGGAGGACGUGUUGCUGAAGCACCAGGCCAGCAUCAACGAGCUGAAGCGGGCCCUAAGAGAGCCAAACAGCAAGCUGAUGGCCCGGGAGAAGCGGCUCUCCGAGACCUCCUCGCACGGAGGCACGCCGGAGCGCAAGGCACCGGUCGGCCAAGCUGGAGGAAAGGCCCCUGCAGACUUACCGUCUGACGAGGGUUUCGUCCUGAGGACACUAGUCACUUCACCUGAGGGCACUGAGGAGUGGGUUUUGGUUGAAAAGCAAGAUGCUUAUCAGGAAGACCCUGAGUGGAGCGCUGAGGGAAACGAGAAAGCUCCCACCUCACCUUCACUAACCGUCGACUCCGGGCGGGGGGCACACAGCGAACAAACAGAGCAAGAGCCAGAAUUCAGCGACAUAGAGACAGGCUGGGACGGGACGCAAGACGACAGCUCCGGGCUGAACAGCAGCAUUCAAGAAGAGAUUGCGUCCCUGCCGUCGUUGCCGAGACCCGGCGACACGGCGGCUCCUGAGCCGCGCCAGUCGAGCAGGGGGGGGGACAUCCCGCCGCGUUUGUCGCAGGAACCCGAGGCGUCUCGGGAGGAAGCUCCAGGCGAAACCUCUUUGGGUGCUUCCCGCCCUGAGGCCGAUGCCGGCUCAGCCCCGGGCGCAGGCGAAGGCGAAGGCGAGGGGAAGGGGCGCGGCUCGCCUCCUCCAGAGGAGGGAACUAGGAGCAGGCCUCAGAGCCUGAACCUGGGGACCCCCGGAGAGCUGGUGUACGACAAGGAGGGGGAAGGCUCUGACGGGGAGAACAGCUCGGGGGAGUCUGACGGUGAACACAAAUGGGAAACAAAAUUAGAACGGGUCAUACGCCCUGACGUGUAUCCGCCGACCGCGACGAAAGAGGAUGAGAAAGCGCCGGGAACCAAUCAAUCGGUCGGCAUGUUCGGAGACGGCAUACAAGUGGUGGACGUAUCGUCGGCGGAUGGCCAGAGUGACCUCCCAUCCAGGGGAACGGGAGAUUUAGUAGACAGAGCAGGUCAGGCUGAAGACAGAGAUAUGGACUUGGCCUCGGUCAACGGACCCGGGAGGGUGGGAUAUGAUUCACUCGCCGAGGCGAAGGACGCUGCCGUCCGUAACACCUCGUCACGGGGCAAGAGCCUAAUCGACAGCAAGGAGCUGGCAGAGGUGAAGCUGCGCCAGGUCAGGACCCACGAGCGGAAGAUCAGCAGCUCCGGCGGAGAGGAUAUGGAGGGGCUCCUCGGGGACAAGGUUCAGAGGAGGUCCCUCCAUCGGCUGUCGGGAAGCCAGCAGCAGCAGUCGGAAAUCACCAGGAUCGUUCCCCUGAAGCCGGAGAGGUCUAAGAGUGUGGCGGGUAAGGACGAGGGCGACAGGGUGGGUCCGGGGGAGUCCCUGCGGGUCGCCAGAACAGAGUACCGCUGGUCCGUCGGAGCGCCCGAAGGGUCCUCGGACCUCCACUGGGCCGACUCCUCCGCCUUCCAGUCUGCCGCCUUUGGCGAAGACCUCGAGGGCGGGGUCAAAUCGGAGACGUACUCGGGGCGGUUUGACGAGAGCUGCCACGCGGCGAGAGUGGAGACCGCGGGUAGCCACCUGUUCAACAUAAAGGGCUCAGUGUUUGGCAAAAUGGCGCCGCCGGCCCCGCCGGUGAAAACGAAGAAGGCAAAGGAGUCCGGGCUGAUUCUGCGCAACAGCCGCAACGCCACCAGGGAGCCGUGCCUGGACGCGGCCAAGAAGCGACACUCGGAACCUGUCUCCUCGCCUGGAAUUUACGAUCAGCCUUUUGCCGACAUUAAGAGGGAGCUAGGGGAUAAGAGUGCUGCCCUGACCCACGAUGAAGACCUGGAGCGGGACACACUGGCCUCGAUGCGGGAGUCCCAGCUCAGCAUCGAGCGCAAGUGCUCCAGCAUGACGGUCAGCUCCACCUCCAGCCUGGAGGCCGAGGUGGACUUCACCGUGCUCACGGACCUCCACUCGGGCGCGGAGGACAUUGCCCGGGGCAUGUCUCACGCGCUGGGGCCCGAGCACCAGCAGCUGCCCGAGGUGGGGCGGCCGGACUUUGAGGAGAACUCCCGCUUCUACUCGGCACGGCUCAUGGGCUCCCACGACCGGUCCCCCGUGGAGGAGAAACCCCAGGAGGGGCGCUCACACCACCAUGAGCCCCCUGUGGCUAGGAAAGAUGCCAGCGCCAUCAACAUGGCCCACAUGUUGAGACAGGCCGACUCCAAGACGGACCCCCACACCAAUGGCUCGGAGACCCCCUCCCACGCAACACACGUCUCGCCUCAGCAAACAGAGGAUGACGUCAACUGUAUGGAGACAAUGGUCUCCUGCACUGACGCAGCAUCACCACCAGAGGGAGACAUGAAGUCCAGAACUGCCAGCCGCAAGGAGGCCCCUGUAAUCUUAAAACAAAAUGGCUCCCCGGUAAAAGAAGGACCGCUGGGCAGAGAGGCCAUCGUUUCUCCUCUGACCGUCACCGCCGACAACGUGACCUCGGCGACCACCACUCAAGUUACCAAGACGGUGAAAGGAGGCUACUCUGAGACCAGAAUCGAGAAGAGGAUCAUUAUAACCGGAGACGAUGAUGUAGACCAACAUCAGGCUCUGGCCAUGGCCAUUCAGGAGGCUAAGCAGCAGCAUCCAGACAUGUUGGUAACCAAGGCGGUGGUGAUCAGGGAAACUGAGUCCCCCACCGAGGACAUCAAGAGGAGCGCAGAGUCCUGAUCCCUUGCGGGCGGUGCCCGGACGCCCGUCCCAGGGGCCGUAAAUGGACCCCUGGAACUGGACCCCAGCAGAUGGUCCUACUCCGUCCCCACCUCCUCCAUAGCAGUCGUCCUCCGUCCUUUGGCCACAUUAACUCUGAAAUGGAUUCUGGGCCGGCCAACCCACCCACCUGCCCAUCCCACCAACCCCCGCCCCCAACCACCCAAACACCCCUGUGCCACGGAUCACAGUGGUACCGCUCUCUCUCGCCUCUUCCACCCUUUUUUUUACCUGCUGAGUUGUAGAGCGCAGACAUUUUGUCAUGACUGACAGCUGUUAUUGUUUAUACAUAACCUGACUCUGAAUAGCUUGUAUUGGAAGUCGAUGGGUUGCUACAGGUAUGACUCCGCCGUCAGAAACUCACACACACACUCGCACUCACGCACACAGACACACACACACAAACACACAAAAACACACACACACACGCACACGCGCACACACACACACACACACACACACACACACACACACACACACACACACACACACACACACACACACACAAACACACACACACACACACACACACACACACACACACACACACACACACACAAAUACUAUUUUUCUCCUGUGUGCCAUGGUAUUGGAUUCCUCAAGUUGACAUGACAUCGUAAGUGAAAUAUGUUUAUCCGACCAGACCUAGUCAAUAGGCAGAGCUGAGGCGAAUGAGAAGGACGCGGUGUUACAGGGUGUGGGCGUGGACAAACGGAGAGCAAUGCUUGCCGUCUGCAUCGGUUUGACCCCCUCAAGUAUAUAUUAGCAACUGCUGUCCUUAUAGCUUUUUACAUUUUUAACAAUUAUAGAGGAUGAUAAUUUAUGUCGGUGUUUGCUUCUUUAUGAAACGUGUAUCAUAUUAGACAAAAUAAUUAUAAUCUGCAUGUCACAACAAUAGCCAAGGGAAUGAAAAAUUAACCACGGACAUGUCUAGAUGAACCACAGAAAAAGCGCUGAGAACAUUGUGGAGUGGGCAUCCUCCCGACCCCUUGUGUAGCAGAAGCAGACUCCCCCACCUUUGAUAUGAAUAGCAGGUCCUGAUCGACGCUAUAGCAAAUUGCUGAGAAAGACUGUUGAAGACAACACCCAGACCACUCUGUGGGAGUCUGCGGUGGACAGAAUACUGCUUGCCCCCUCCUCCUUUACCGUUUAAUUUCAACGAUCUGACCGGUUGUGAACGAAAAAUGCCAGUGGCGUGUGCUGAAUGGAUUUUUUUUUUUAUAUAUAUGAUUUACAUUUAAAAUAAUAGAGAAAGUUUAUAUAAUAUAAUGUUUCAUCUCAUAUGUUUGAGAAGCGUGGUGAUAUGUUUAUUUUAUUAUUUUCUUUGCCAUCAUGAAUGCGGUGAUGAAUUGCUGUCAUCUUGGGCUGCGGGAGUUUUUAAGUGUGAUAUUGACCAAUGAAUGCAGACCGGAGGAAGUCCGUGGUGUGUUGAGUGUUUUGGUCCUGGCUGUCCUCUCUACAACAGAACCCCAAGUCACUCAAGGCGAAGAGGAAGAAGAGCUGCCAACUCGUCCCAGGCGGCAGACAGCAGCAGUGCAGCUUGAGUGUUCAUCGCUGUGCUACAAAGGCCUCGCUUAAACUCUAUAAAAAAACUCUCCCAAUGAAAUCAACACAAUGUUGUCCGUCACAGUUUUGGCGAGUUGCUAAUGCUGAUGGAUAAUAUAUGGAUAAUUUAAGCAUUGCUCUGUUGCCCAUGAUGACAGGAUUGUACAAUGGACAUUGUGUUUUGUUUUGAUUGGAUUUUUUGGUUUGAUAGAAGUUAUGGUGGUUAUGGUGUAUACAGUUGUAAUAUGUAUUUAUAAAUGGUGAGUGUGGAGCCCAUUCUAUCCCAUUCCUCUUUUCCUUCAUUGUUUUUUCGUGCUUAUGUUUGUUACUUCCCAACAGGCAAAGCCUGAAUUCGUAGUGUGACCUACGCAAAAGCCCCAUCUUACUCCAUAGCCACUUAAGGUAGAGGUUGUAAACAAAAGAAAGAAAAAAAACUUCUGGAGAACCUUUAAUACGAAACUAUGCAUUGCUCAUCUCAAUUAUUAUUAUCUACAUAUAUAUAUAAAAAAACUGAAUGCUCGCUCAGCAGAGUUGCUCUAUCAUUGUCCCUUGUCAUUCCAAGCAGUGAAUUACACUGCUUGUAAAAAUACGAAAUUGCAAUAAACUGCCAUCCUCUCGCUAUCGAUCUCGCUGGGCAACACUGUGAACUACUCUUUAUGAACGUCAAAUACAACCAAAUCCGAUAACGUACUUACGUAAGAUUAGGGAGGCUUGUGUGACACUAAAAUGGACCAUGGCUUUGUCUCCCCCUUAUAACUCAACAUACUCCCCCCCACCUCCUCUCUUCCUUCCUCCAUCACCACCAUAGGUGGAAAUACUACCUGCUAUUGGUGUGUUUGUGUGUGUGUGUGUGUGUGUGUGUGUGUGUGUGUGUGUGUGUGUGUGUGUGUGUGUGUGUGUGUGUGUGUGUGUGUGCAUGUGUGUGUGUGUGUAUGUGUGUUUGAGUAUGUAAAAUCCCUUCCAAACGAUUUGUAAAUUUGAUUUGACUACUUUCUUUUAUAAAAAUGUAUAAUAAUAAUCUUGUGAAAUGGCCGCUGCUGGGAAGGAUUGGGGGGGAUUUGCAGUAGAAGCACAGAUACUGUCAGAAGAAAGCUGAAUGGAACUGGAUCUAUUAUUGGACCUUUUCACACCGUAUAAAGUUAUUAUUUUACGUAAGCAUGGGAGGGGGGGCUUUUAAUGGGAAGAUUUAAUGGUGCUCUAAGAGUUAAUGUGUGGAAGGCCUUUACUAUAUAUAAUUAACCACACUUUAAUACACUCCCAAUGGACUAGGAUGUGGAAGUUGAAGUACCGGAAGUCGUUUGGUCUUUGACUCAUUGCAGGGUUUGAGUUCUAGGUAAUAGGACAACUGUCACAUGGAUGGGUGCCUUACGCAGGGAGUCAUGUCAUUAGAAACAUGCGGCCAUCUUGGUUCCAUCUUGGCUAUAAAUUAAGUUCCCCCCACCCAGCUAGCAUUUAGAACCAAGAUGGCGUAAUGGUGAAAAGGCCCAUGACCAGUUAUCAGUGCUUGGUUGAAAGUGCUGCUAAUCCACACAACAAGGUUGACUGAGAAUGAGUUGACCUCCUCUUCAUCAAACUGAGAUCAGCUGUUUUGAACGUAAAAGGUGUCGUUUGAGACUGUGAUGCAGGGCGGAUGUUGAUGUUUGGACAAGGGAUUUGCUUCUUGUUGUAAUCAGAUUAGAUUAAAGGCAAUCGUUAUGAAGGCUCACAACAGAACCAAGCACCUUUUGGUUGUGUUUUUUUCUUUAGUUUUGUGAUGCGCAUUAAGAUGACUAAUGGUUUAGCCUUUCCACUUUGAAUUCCAGAUAGACUUUUGCUCUAUAUUCCCUAGUGCUUGGUGAUGUGUUAUUUAUUGUAUUUGCAUUCUCAAUGACAAAGCUACAUGCAUAAAUAAAUGUCUCAGUAUUAUUGAAA